UCCUGUUGUGUUGACAGUUAAACCAGGGGGAAUUCCUGGGAAAGCUCUCGCCGGAUAUACGCCAGCCAAUGAACAAUAGAGAAACGAUGGGAUAUCUCCGGCGCAAGCUACAUGGACUUCACACUGGUAGUUAAAGCUUGUUAAGAAACUGUAAGAAACUAUGGUAAGAAACUGCUUUCCACCCGGCAAUAAAAUGGAGAAAAUAUCGGCAGUUUCUUUCUUGCUGUUGCUUGGUAUUACAUUAGCUUCGAUGGUACCUUUGAACUGCAAUACCAACAGGCCCAUUUCAAAAGUUGGUGAUUACCUUGCAGAAAGACAAAAACUGAUUGCAGAGGACGCAGCGCAAAGGACCGGCCAACAGAUCAUAUUAACAGACAAGGAGAAAAAAGCUAACGAUAUAUUAAUGGCAUGGAAACGCAAAGAGCUUGAUGCUGCAUUUACGAGUGGAAAAUUUAUCGGAGCAGAAAGUUUCAUUACAACGAAGACCAAAAUAGUUCAGAGUAAGGUGUUCCAGAUUAUCAAAAAAAUGCCGAAAGGGGCAGAUCUGCAUCUACAUGACAUGACGGUGGCUGACUUCAAAUGGUUGAUUUCAAACAUUACUACUUUAGAUAGUUGUUAUAUGUGUUACAACAUGGCAACAAAGUUAACUCAAUUCAAGGUAUCAUUUAAGCAGCCAAACUCCACUGCAACUUGCGAAUGGAUAUCAACCCCAAUGGCAAGAAAGAAGUCUGGAGAUCCAAAGAAAUUUGAUGAAGAAUUGUUUACAAACCUCACAAUGACAAAUGGUGACCCAUCAAAGUUAUACCCAACACAAAAUGCACGUUGGGUUAAAUUUCAGAGUGUAUUUUAUAUUCUUUCUGGUCUUCUGGAGUUCAAAAAUGCAUUUUCUUGGUACUACGAAAAAGGCCUAGAAGAACUUGUGGAAGAUAACAUUCAGUAUGCAGAGCUUCGAGCAUUGCUAUUUCCACUUCACGAUGGGAAUGGCAAAAUAUACAGUGAUCCUGAGUAUGUGCUGAAUCUUUAUAAAAACGUGACAGACGCUUUUGUUGCUAAAAACCCCAAUGACUUUUUUGGGACCAAAAUCAUUUACACACAAACAAGAUUCUUGGAAAGGAAAGUCAUAGGCCAAGCUGUGCAGAAAGCUAUGUAUAUGCACAAGAAAUAUCCAGACCUAAUGGCAGGAUUUGAUCUGGUUGGACAAGAGGACAGAGGGAACCCUUUACUAUACUAUCUAAAUGAACUGUUAAUACCAGCUGCUGCUGGUGAAUCUCUUCCAUACUAUUUUCAUGCAGGUGAAACAAGCUGGGAAGGACAAAGUGUUGAUUAUAACAUUGUUGACGCACUGUUGUUAAACACUAGAAGAAUUGGACAUGGCUUUGCAUUAUCAAAACAUAAGGUUCUUAUGGACCAAGCAAAGUCAAAGUCUGUUGCAGUUGAAGUUUGCCCCAUAUCAAAUCAGGUGCUUGGCCUUGUUACUGAUAUGCGCAGUCACCCAGCAACUGUUUUCCUCGACCAGAAUUUCCCAAUGACAGUUAAUUCAGAUGACCCCCCAAUCUGGGGGGCAACUGGCUUAUCAUAUGACUACUACCACGUUUUCAUGGCUAUGACUCGCUACGACACUGAUAUCAGGGUACUUAAGCAGUUAGCACUCAACUCAAUUAUGUACUGUUCAUUAGAAAAAAGCAGAAAAGCAAAACUGCGUGCCAUGUGGACCAGAAAGUGGGACGAGUUCAUUAGCACUGUUAUCAGCGACUUCUCGUUUCCUACUUAAAGGCGUGGAAUCAUGGAAUCACUCGAUAGAAUCAAUCCAUAGAAUCACACAAUCAGUUGUUGAAACAGAAUCAUUUUGAAACCAAUUUCUAUUCCGCAAAUUGAAUUGAUUUUGGUGAUUUUCAUUGACAUGGCUGUUUGAAGAUUUAUAUUUCAUCAAACCUUGUUUUAAUUAACGAUAAUGAUCUUUUUGCUAAUGAUAAGUGAUGAUAAUGAUAAUGAUAAGUAUGAAAAUGUUGACUACAUGUUGGUAAUCUUCAUGAUUUUUAUACCUUUUAACUAUUUACAAGAUAACCUGUAAUUAUUAUUUAAGUAGUAAAUGACACCAAUAUUGAAAAUUUACAUUGAUUCGUUUCUUUAGCUUAAAAAAUCAACAUUUUUGUUCAACAUAUGUACUGUGGAGAACACCAACGUCUUUAGGCAAGUUCUAACGGAGAAUUGGCAGACCAAACCUCUUUCCAUAAAUAAAAAUGUUUAUCAAAGUUUCCAAGUAAAAAAUCCAGUACAAGAAAAAUUCCAGUUGUCGUUAUUUUUAUAACUAUAAAGACUUUUCUUUGUCAAAUAACAUCAGAUAUAUUUAGGUAUAGUUACAAAACAAAGCUUUAUUUUGUUGAACAAAUAUGUUGCGAGAGAGAUUAAAAUAUGAGAGAUUUAUCAAUUUUGUCAAAGUUUUUAUUGUAUAAUUUAUAGAAUAGUGAGAUUUUUAGUAGUUCAAUUUUAGAUUUGUGAUUAUGUUAGUAAAUGUACUGUGAUAAUCUAAAAGAUAAAUUUUUUACAUGUGUAAUUAUCUGAGUCUGUUAUUAUGCAUUUAUGAAUAUUUGAAA